AUGGAAAGUAAUUCUUCCCUUUCUCAAAAUAAUCCAGAUGCAGGCUUAUCCUCAAAUCCUGAGCCGAUGAAUUACUACGGAUCUUUUAUAUUUCCAAUAUUUACACUACUUUUAGCUACUACUUGCCUUGCUACUGCAAUUUACACUAUAAUUCACAAUAGCAAUCUUAUCAAAAAUAGCUACAUUCCAGAAUAUUUAUUUGUAUCUGGGAUAGUCCUCUUAAUAGAUUUCUCUAUGAUGUUAAUACAAAGUAUAUUUAAAAAGCACAGAAUAGUUUGCCGAUCAAAACUUUUAUCCCAAAUUAUAGGAUGGCUGCUUCUUAUCGGAUACUCCUCAUUGAUUAUAAUCGGCUUUAUUUUUUGUCUUCAUCUUGAUGAUAAAAUUAACAACAGCAAAGAUUCAGGGCUCUCUAUUGCAUUUUUCUCCACCUAUUGCUUUAUUGUCUUUAGGGCUGCAAUAGAAAUUUUAUCUUUUAUAAUCUUGAAAGUCCUUCAAAAAGCUUUUAAGAAAAACGAAACGGGUGAGUUAUUAUAUGAAGUAGUUACAGGAGAUGCUUCUCCUCCAACUACAAAUCGAAAAUCGGCUAUUGAUCUCAACUUUGAAGAGCAUAAUAAAUAUAUUCAUGAGAGAGAAGACAAGGAAAAAAUAAUAUCUAAAAAUGGCAUUGAUUCUAAUUCGAAUAGCAGAAACACAAGCUAUAGAGAUGGGGAAAGCACUCCUGGGAGUCCGGACGUUAAAUCAUUAAAUCAAUGAAAUAGUCAGAGUACUGAAAACAAAAACAAAGAAAACUCAGAAGAAAAUUCUACCCCCACCCAUAGUAGUUCAAAUCCAUUAGCAACUAGCCAAUUAACUAGCUCUGAGCUAUAUAACGAGUCGCAUGAAAUUAAACUCUUUUCAAACUAUAAGCAAGGGGAUGUGGACAAAAUAAUUCCAUCAUCCAGUCUAAUUGAAGAUUGUAAAGAGCCAGAAAUAGUUGGCUAUGAAGAACAAGUGGAAGUCUAUACCCUGAUUCCUCAAAGUAUCGUGGAGAGAGAAGCAAAAGAAAAUUCUAGCGUGAGGAUUCUGCGAACAUCAGAACACGAAAAAACAAAUUCUUCACUAAGUCUCUCGUUCCAAGGUAAAACUUUUUCAUAG